AUGGCGGCAAAGGCUGAAGCUGCCAAGAGCGAGGUGCGGUGGCUGCCCAGCAUGGAGGGUCAGAGGAAGAUGCGGAAACCAGGUCAAAAUUUCUCAUCCAUUGAGGAGCAAAAACAAGCUGAAGCUGCGGCCAAAGCCAAAGCGGAGGAAGAGGCCAGCAUCAAAGAAGCUAACGCUGCUGAAGCCCGAAAACAGCUUUUGGAAGCCCUGGAGGAGUGCUGUGAACGUGAAUUGUUGUGGAACAUGUUGGGAUCCAUGGCUAGGGCUGUCGUGAUUCGAUUCCCUACGCGAUAUGCGAUGAAGUCAAAGCUCCUGUUGCUCACCUGCGUGGUGCUCUUGUCAGCCUUCAUUCUCUCGGAGGAGCUCCUCAUCGAGGAUGCAAGCUUCCAGCCAGAGGAUCUUCUUGCCUCGGAUCAAAUCGGAUUCAGUGCUGCGUUGCUAGGUCACGAAGAUGGAGAAGUUGCGAAGCUCAUGGAGUACCAACCGCCGCGUGUCGGCGUGGGGAUGCCAAGAUCGGUGUUUGUUGGAGCAUUCAGGACCAAAACCACAGAGAAGGCGAGCCGCGUGUACAGCUUGGCAGUGACUUUGCUAGGGGUCGCAGACCUUGGAGCAAGCAUCAGGCUUGCUGUCUCGCUCUUGCAGUUGGACCCAGUUUUUGUGGACAACUUUGCGUCUAGGCGUCAAGCGCAUGAAGAACGUCCCAGUGCUCCUUCGAUUUUUGGCGGAGAAUCGAUUUACGAAACAAUCAGGUGGUAUCAGCUACCUGCUCGUGAAUACUCUCGACGUGAGCUGAUCGCAGACCGCUUGGUCAAUUUCGGAGGCGUUGGGCUUGCGGUACUCGCGGCCCCCAUCCUGGCGCUCCGCUCCCGCACAGGUGGCGAUCCUGCCGUUAAGCAGAUUGGCCUUUGGAUCCAUGCCUUUUGCAUGAUUCUGAUGUUUACCUGCUCUGCCUUCUUCCACUACUGGGCCUGGGACGAGCGGAAUCAACGAUUCCUUCUUAUGCUUGACCAUAUUGGUAUCAACUCGAUGAUUGCGGGUUGCUAUACGCCAGUCAUGAUUCAUUGCCGAUGCUAUCGAAUGCUAGCCUUCGUUUGGACUUGUGCUGUGAUUGGCUUCUGCGGGGAAAUAUCUCUGUAUUCAAUUUGGCGUCAAACUAUGCAAGAUCUUGAAGACAUCGAAAGUACGCUGCAUGCAGGUGGUGCAGACUUGCUUUUUCAUCCUGCCCGCUACUUGAUGAGCCUCGGUGCUUGCAAAGCCAGCAAAAAGAUUUUGAAGGCAUUUGCAAAGGGAAAGAACUUAUCGGCAUUUUGCAAAAAAAAAAGAAAUAGGCAGUGA